ACGUGUGGUUCCUGCUGCUUGUGUUUUUAUAAAUGUUUUGCGCGUGAACCUGUGAAGCACCGCGAGCCAUGUUAAAGUCCAAAACGUUUGUUAAAAAGACCCGCUCGGGUGGCGUGUUGAAAAUAGUACGUGAACAUUACCUGCGAGAUGAUAUUUGGUGCGGAUGUGAAGUCUGUAGCGAGUGUAAAGAAGAAUCUCCGGUAUUGCAGCGUGAAGCCUGUAUAGAGAGCAACCUGUGCCCCUUUCCUCACUAUCUCAUCCCGGAUACUAAUGUAGUCCUGCAUCAGAUCGACAUUCUGGAGGACCCUCUGAUCAGGAACGUGAUCAUCCUACAGACGGUUUUACAGGAAGUCCGACACAGAAGUGCUCCGGUGUACAAACGGAUGAAAGAUGCUAUCCAUGACCAGGGGAAACAUUUCUAUACGUUCACUAAUGAACAUCACAGGGAGACAUUUGUUGAAAGGGAGCAGGGUGAGAGCGCCAACGACCGCAACGACCGAGCCAUUCGCGUGGCGGCUAAGUGGUACACGGAGCACCUGAGCAAAUCGGCGAGCACUGCAGAGCUGAAAGUGGUGCUGCUCACGAACGACCGCGCAAACAAGGAGAAAGCCGAGCAGAGCGGCGUGAUCGCUUACAGAUGUGAGGAGUACAUCAAAAGCCUGAUUGGAAAUCCCGAACUGGUGGACAGACUGGCACUGACCUCUGAUGAUCAAAUUGAGAUCAGUGGCAGUAAGCUGCUUUUCCCAGAGCAUCUGCCUCUGUCCAAGAUUCAGGCGGGCAUCAAGAGUGGCGCCUUUCUGCAGGGGUCGUUCCGGGCAAACACUGACAACUACCUGGAGGCCACAGUCUUCAUCCAUGGAGAAGGUGGCAAGACCACAGAGGUUCUUCUUCAGGGCCUGCAAAACCUCAACCGGGCCGUGCACCAGGACGUCGUGGCUGUGGAGCUCUUCCCCAAAGAGCGCUGGGUCGCUCCUUCUUCUGUGGUGCUGCAGGACGAUCAGCAGAAUGAUGAAGACACGGAGGAAGAAGAGGCAGAGAAGAAGUUGGAGAGCCCUGUACGGGAUACCUCUAUGCUAAAGCCCACUGGUCGCGUGGUGGGGGUUAUCAAGAGGAACUGGCGACCCUUCUGCGGGAUGCUCAACCAGUCUCAAAUCAAAGAGGCCACCAGGCAUCUGUUCACCCCGGCUGACCGACGAAUCCCACGGAUCCGCAUCGAGACACGUCAGGCCUUAACACUGGUGGGCCAGAGGAUAAUCGUGGCCAUUGACGGCUGGCCAAGGAAUUCCAGAUAUCCCAAUGGUCACUUUGUGAGGAACCUGGGAGGUGCAGGUGAUAAGGAGACCGAGACGGAGGUUCUGCUUUUAGAGCACGACGUUCCGCACCAGUCUUUCUCGCAGGCCGUGCUCAGCUUCUUACCCAAAAUGCCUUGGAGUAUCACAGAAGAGGAUCUGAAAGUGAGAGCGGAUCUGAGGCACCUGUGCGUGUGCAGUGUCGACCCUCCUGGCUGUACAGACAUUGAUGAUGCCUUGCACUGUCGUGAACUGGACAAUGGAAACCUGGAGGUCGGUGUCCAUAUCGCAGACGUGAGCCACUUUAUUCGCCCAGGAAACGCGUUAGAUCAGGAGGCAGCCAACAGAGGCACCACAGUCUAUCUGUGUGGAAAGAGGAUUGAUAUGGUUCCUGAGCUUCUGAGCUCUAACCUCUGCUCUCUGCGCUCCAAUGUGGAACGGUUAGCAUUUUCCUGUAUUUGGGAAAUGAACCACAAGGCUGAAAUCAUAAAUACCCGCUUCACCAAGAGUGUCAUCAAUUCCAAGGCCUCUCUGACGUACGCUGAAGCUCAGAUGCGAAUCGAUGACUCCAGCAUGAACGAUGAAGUUACCAAGAGUCUCCGGGGUCUGAACACGCUGGCCAAGAUUUUAAAGGGCCGGCGAAUUGAAAAAGGGGCCCUGACGCUGUCCUCUCCCGAAGUGCGGUUCCACAUAGACAGCGAAACUCAUGACCCUAUAGACCUCCAGACCAAAGAGCUAAAAGACACUAACUCCAUGGUGGAGGAGUUCAUGUUGCUGGCGAACAUCUCUGUGGCUCAGAAGAUCUAUGAGGAGUUCUCAGAAUGUGCUCUGCUCCGGAAACACCCCGCGCCUCCUCCGUCCAACUACGACAUCCUUAUCAAGGCCGCCAAGUCAAGGGAUCUAGUGAUCCGGACGGAUUCGGCCAAAGCUCUGGCGGAUUCUCUGAACCAGGCCACUGUGGAGAAUUUUCCCUACUUCAACACACUGCUGCGUAUCCUGGCCACACGCUGCAUGAUGCAGGCUGUUUACUUCUGCUCGGGGAUGGACAGCGACUUCCACCAUUACGGCCUGGCGUCUCCCAUCUACACACACUUCACCUCGCCUAUCAGGCGAUACUCUGACAUCAUAGUGCACCGGCUGCUGGCUGUGGCCAUCCACGCUGACAGCACCUACCCCGAGCUCAUGGACAAACACAAGCAGUCAGCUCUGUGCAACAACCUCAACUACAGACACAAGAUGGCGCAGUACGCACAGAGAGCCUCAGUGGCCUUCAACACACAGCUCUUCUUCAAGAACAGAGGCGUUCUGAACGAAGAAGGCUUCAUUCUGUUCGUGAGGAAGAACGCCAUCAUGAUCCUCAUCCCAAAGUUCGGCCUGGAGGGCACGGUGUUCUUUGAGAACAAGGACAGACCGGGACCACGGCUCAGCUUCGACUCCGAGGGCCCGUCCCUGACCGUGGAGGAUCAGCACACCUUCCACAUAUUCGACAAGGUGAAAGUGACCAUCAGUCUGGAUGCCUCCAACAUCCAGCACCAGAAGAUCAGGAUGGCUCUGUUAGAGCCGGUGAUCCCCGGUGUCAGUGUGUCGUUACCAGAACCGGAACCUGAGGCAAAGAAACCCAAACUGGAUCGCUGAGACAUCUGACUGCAUUUCAGCAUCACCAUCUGACUCGUUAUAUUUUAAAGCUCAAUUUUAUAUCUCUCUGUAAAUUCGCUUUCUUUCAGUCAGGUCUACUCGCUAUGAUCCGUACAAAUUCUAGGUCGGUUUCAGGAGUGUGACUGGAUUUCUGGGUGCUAUAUUAUUCUGUUUCACUGGCCUUUGGUUCAGGGAGAAGUUCAUGAUAAAUUUACCCCCUAUGACAGCACAGCAACUGUUAUUAAUUAAAAUGAGGGGGUUUUUAAACAAAUCUCCUGGAUCAAAAUAAUUUAACAUUAAAAGAAAAACAUUUUAGCCAUUUUAGUGUACUUAUUUUUUAUUUUUGUGUUUUUUUUUUUUGCACGAUUCAUUCAUUUCCACCGAAUUUUUACAUUCAUCAUACACAAUUAAUUUCAUUGAAUCCCACUCCCAGCAGCUCCAGAAGGAAUUUUGACUAAUCCCGCAUACUCCUGGAGUUAUUUUUGUUGGUAGCCGAACUUAGUGGGUUUCCUAAAUUAUAAUCAAUUUAGUGAUUUCAACCAGCGCAACCCUGACCAGGUUAAAGAAGUUAGGUCUACUGAAGAAAGAUAAAUAAAUGAAUGAAUGAAGGAAAACUCCAAACCUCUCUCGCACAAGCCAUAAUAGAAUCUUUAACCUGUGAAAACGAAUAUGUUGUUAAUCUUUCAGGAUGCAGGCACUUUAAAAAAAAAAACAAACCUGUAGCUUUUUGGUACAGUAUAGAUUUUAUAAUGACACACGUGACUUUAAGCUUGAAAGACAAGAGAUCAUUUACUCAGAACUUCAUCUCAAUUUCAUAUCAAAAUCAUUUAUUGCAAUUUAGGAGAAACACAGGUUUAAUGCGGCACAGAGCAACAUUAAAUACACCGAUUAUUACUCAUCUGCACUUUAGUGGUUCUAAUCAUGAGUUCAUAAAUAAUCAAGAGCAUACAUCAAUGUACAAAAAUUGCAUAAAAGGGAAAAAAAAAUCCAUAUCAAGUAAAAAUCAACCAAUUAAUGCCAGUACACAUUUCUAUUCAGUAAUUCAGACACUUUAAAUAAAACUGAGCAUAUAUCCAUCUAUCACAAUUUGAGUCUGAGAACUCCAUGAGGUAAAAUUGUUCAAUAACGUCGCUUUGUUUCGUGAUGUUAAAGAUAAAAGUCACCUGUACAAGAAUUCACUGUAUAACAGCAUGGCAUUGGGUAUAUAAAAAAAGCACCGUGUAAACAGUUCUUCUGAGCUUUGGGAAGAGAGGAGAGGAAAGACGUGGAGUCCCUGAUCCGUCCUUCGUGUUCAAUGGGAUGGCAGUAACAGCUGGAAAACACCACAGCUGGAUUUCAACUGUCUCAAUAGUUAAAUUAACAUGCAUUGAACUGUGAUUUAACUUAAGUUUAAUUAAAUCGCUAAACAGGUAAGGACUAACUUUAAAAGGAACACAUUCAAGCAGUUAUCUGAUCAGCCAAUCAUAUGGCACGAGCACAACGCAUAAAAUCGAGCACAUACAGGUCGAGGGCUCGAACGUCAGGAGGAAAUGCCUUGUUGUUGAGAGGACUGGUUCUAGCUGAACAUGACCACGGUGGUGAGCAGAAAAGCA